ACAGUAUUGAUAAGGCGUGAAAAUAUUAUUAUGGCCUUCGUUAAUCGCACACUGCUUAACGAGUAAACAGUGUCAUUAUGUCGUUUUCUAGCAUACAACGUCUGCACGCAUAUUCUCAAAAAUAAAUGAUUGCGCAUUAAAAACUAAAUAAUGUAACAACAAGUCAGCAUCAGGAUUUUUUUUCAAUUGAACUCCUAACAAUAAACCUAUUGUAAAGACAAUAAACAGACAAAGCUCUAAUAAUAGCCUACGCCAAUAAAAAUGACAAACAGCCUGCCCGCCCACUGUGUGUUCUGUGAGCGACAAAUAUCCGACAUUACUGACUGUUGUCAACCUUAUAAUUACGAUGCACUAUAUAGGGGAGCAGGCGAAGUGACUAGUCAUUGUGCAAACAAAGGCUAACAUGUCGAUACCGCGAAGGGAUCGUUCCGUGUACCAACCGAGCAUGAUCCUGUGGACGGUGGCGCUGGUCUGCAACCUGAUAGUCGUUCGAGGAAAUGUAGAUGUCAUGAAAGAUGUAACACUGGGGUUUGGAGAGGCAUUGCAGCAUUGUCGAGAAGAAAGUCAACUGUCUGAAGACAAAAUGGAAGAGUUCUUUCACUUCUGGCGCGACGACUUCAAGUUCGAAGAUCGCGAGCUGGGCUGCGCCAUCAAGUGCAUGAGCUCUCACUUCAACCUGCUCACCGACUCACACCGCAUGCACCACGAGAACACCGACAAGUUCAUCCAGUCCUUCCCUAAUGGUGAGGUGCUGUCCAAGUUAAUGGUGGAUUUAAUCCAUAAAUGUGAGCAGCAUCACGACGCGGAGGAAGACCACUGCUGGCGGAUCCUGCGCGUAGCGGAGUGUUUCAAAGUGUCAUGCCAGGCACAAGGCAUCGCGCCCACCAUGGAGCUGCUGAUGGCUGAGUUCAUAAUGGAAGCCGAGGCGAGAUGAACGGAUCCGGCGCGUUCAUUAGUUUAGCACAUGUAUUUUGUUGUAGAUACCUGCUAAUGAAGAUAAAACAACAAAAACUACUGCUUAUAUCGUAAUAUAUUGAGUACGUCACUCAUUUAUAUAAUAAAUUCUUAUUUAUAAUAAAAUGCGACGGACGCUCUUCGAUCACUAAGAUCUGUGUGAGUGACCGAAGCGUACACUGAAUUAAGUAUCCUCCAAGCCGUUAAAAGGCGUUAAUUAUUAAUAAUAUCUUCCCUCCGUCAAAACCCCAGUACAUAAUUCACAGAAACUUUAUCGUAAGCUGAUUUGAUUGGAUAUCUAACAAUUAUUAGGACUCGCUUGUGAGUGGAAACUGGAAGGAACAUUCCGCUUUGAUUUUUGGUUUUUACGUCUAUUAGAUGCAACAAAGUAAUGACAAACUUAUACAAAGAAAAUAUACUUAUGAUGUAAAUACAACAUUAUAUCAAGUACCGUUUUAAAUAUA